UACUCCCCGUGUGUAGGCUACAUGGGACGUGUAUCCGCAAGGCUGAAAGAGAAGGGCGUCGAACCAGAGCUGGGGCCGAAUUGGUUCAUCCGCAUCAAAAUGACUUGGCUACAACGGAGUCCAUUCUCUACGGAGAUGAACCAAUUAACAGAUAAAACGGACAAUACCUGCAUAACUCCUAUUCUCCAAUGUAAAAGAAAAAUAAAGCUAAAUGCGUAGCAGACAGAAAGAGAGGAGAGGUAGAGAAAGACUUCACAUCCUAGAGAUCCCUGUAGCCUAAGCUCCCAUCACUGGGAGGCCCCACCCUCCACCGUAACCAUGGCUACCAGAGGGAGUGGCCGGCCCAAUGGCACGCUGCCCCAGACCAAGAUAUGCCAGUUUAAACUGGUCCUACUGGGAGACAUGGCAGUGGGAAAGUCCAGCCUAGUUCUGCGCUUCGUCAAGGGACAGUUUGAUGAGUUCCAGGAGACCACCAUCGGAGCUGCGUUCCUGGCCCAGUCUGUGUGUCUAGACGACACUACCGUGAAGUUUGAGAUCUGGGACACAGCGGGACAGGAGCGCUACCACAGUCUGGCUCCCAUGUACUACCGCGGGGCACAGGCUGCCAUCGUGGUCUUUGACAUCACCAAGCCGGAGACGUUUGAGCGGGCUAAAGCCUGGGUGAAGGAGCUACAGAGGCAGGCUAGCCCCAACAUUGUCAUCGCUCUGGCAGGCAACAAGGCGGACCUGGCUGAGAAGAGACUAGUGGAGUAUGAGGAGGCCCAGACCUAUUCUGAAGACACUGGACUUCUCUUCAUGGAGACCUCUGCCAAGACUGCCAUGAAUGUCAACGAACUUUUCCUGGCCAUUGCCAAAAAGAUGCCCAAAACGGACACCCAGAAUCCUACACAUGCAGCGCGACACCGGGGAGUGAACAUACAGGAUCCUGAAGCCCACAACACCCGAUCCUGCUGUGGAGGAGGAGGAGGGAACUAGGACUGCUUCACUGCCAUCCUGCCAUCCCUGUUCCCAACCUCUGGGGUUGGGCAGGGGGACACCCCCUCUACCCUCCCUCCCAUUGACAGACAGACAGACCGCUAUUGAGAGAAAUAGAAAGAGGGGAAGAAAGAAAGAGAGAGUUUGAGUUGGACGGUUGUCUUUUAUGAGUGUUUGAAUCACCAACCGACGCCAGAGAGAGAUUUUGGACAAAGACUGACAGACAUGAGGAGGAAAAAGAGCGUGAGAGAGUGAAUACUUUGUAUAGUAUUGAGCGCUAGUCGUGGAUGUUUUGCAUUUUGUCUGUCUCGUUUAAUUUCAAUCAUGGUUCCAUUUUGAUUAUGCAAUUGUUGCAGUGUAAGUUCUUGAGUGGCAGAGAGGGAAGAAAGGAGAGAUGGAGCAAGGGAGUCUGAAGGAUGAGGGAAUGAAAGAGUGAAUGGGAUGCAGGUCAUACUCCCUCCCUAUAGUAUUCCCAUUUGUGCACCUCAGAGGGGCAGAGCUGUAUUAAAUGACCUCUCAUCACCCUCCUCUGGCAUGAGCCUCAGGCAGCCUGGACAACCUUAACCCAACCCUGAAGCCUUGGCCUGGGCCAUUCCAGAUACUCCCCAGUCCCUACAGAUAGAGUAACCCAUGUUAGAUGGCACAGGUUACCCACAAUCCCAAAAGACAGAGGCAGGAUAACCACGGUUUAUUGCCUCUUCUGACACCCUUAUUUCCUCUGGUGCCCUUUAUUUAUUUGAACUACUAGGCUAUAUUAUUAUUAUUACUCCUCAGAGCAGCGGUGUUGUGAAACAUCAUGCUGCCAGUGCCCAUCUGGUAUCAUCCAGGCCUCUCCUCCUCAUUUAUCUAUCUUCCACACACAGAUGUAGAUGUACACUGAAGAACCCAGAGUCCAGUAUUUAUUUCCUGUUGGGACUGAGUGAGUCUGCUCUAGGCCAUGUCUGUCUGGCUUUCACUGGAAACCUUCACUGUUUCUAGCAAUCAAUCUACUGUCUAGUGCACAAUUGGUGAUAUCCAUGGCCACAGUCUCACCUGGUCAGUUUACAUGGUCAGGAGAAAUUUCUUGCCCCUCAUAGUGAUAACUUAUAGUUGGUAUUCAUCUCAAACCCUAGCCUGGUCCCAGAUCUGUCUCUCUCUGCUCAACAAUGACUAUAGGAGUUUGCAAGACAGCACAAGCAGAUCUGGGACCAGGCUACUCAAACCCCUCUAGACUUGCAGUCGGUAGGAAACCAAUGCAUCUGGUAUCUGGCCUGUCAUGUUGUGAAUGCAAGGGCCAUGAUCUACAUGAUAUGUUCUGCUAUUCCUCAUUUGUCUUGUUUCUUACUGCUUAAGAGUUGAUGUAAUUGAAAACAUUGUAAACAAAAGCUUUUAAAGUGACUAAUGAGCUGAUGCUGUUCAAAGCACUGGAGCGAGAUGGCAAGCUUUGGUGACAGAGCUACUCACUCUGUUGAUAGAUUCUGAAUUGACCCUUAACCCCUAGACAUAUGUAUGUAGAUCUGAACAGAUCAGAAAGGUUAAUGCAUUAUAAUAGUUGCUUAACUUGGCCAAAUAGGUGGAUUAUUUUUGCCAUAUUGCUUCCACCUCUCCAAUUGUUUCAGAUCUACAGGAGUGUCUGGUGUAGGGAAGGAUCCAUUUGGGAUGUGUCCAAGGCUUAGCUAAGAAGAAUAAGGAUGCUUAAGAGGGGUUUAAAAACAAAACAAGAAGUGCCUACUCCCAUUUUCUUCCUAUGUUCUUUGUUUUGGGUUUGCUUUGGCGUGUUCAAUAGGCAGAAAUGUACGUUUUUUAUUUCACCUUUAUUUUAUCAGGGGGUCAUACUCAGACCAAGGUGUCUUUUACAGAUGAGCCCAGAAUGACAGAAAAUAUACACAUCAAAAUGCAAACAGAAAGAAAAACACUAGCUAGGUUUCCAUCCAAUUGGUGACAAAUUCAUGUGAAUAUGUGAGUAGGCUGGGCUGGUAGAUUAUAUAAUGAGAUUAUUAUGGAUAGGAGCAAGAAUAAUUGUUUUUGUUAAACGGCAGUCAAGCGUCGAUCAUGUCACCAGAAUAAGACCCUCGAUAUUUAUUGGAAAGGAGCAUCAAGAUCACCAUGCACUUUCACCACCCUGUGAAGUUCAUCAUAUAUUAUUUCAUCUGUAGCCUAAUAAACUGCAUGGUUUCCCAAGUCAUAGUGGGAGGACGACACACCAUAUCGUCACAUGACUUCAAGUUUACUUCCAUAUGAUGGUUAUUAUAUCAAUAUUUGGGAAUAAAGGUGUUUCCACCACCAUUUCUCACAUAAUUAAGACACAAAAAAGAUCCCAACAUGUCGAACGAACAAAUUCUGUCGCCAUUUAAAAAAAAAAAUGUACCGAAACUACCUGUUUCCAUCACAGCUGUCGUGAUUUUUUAAAUACGGUAUGACAUCACCCGCAAAAAAACGGUUGAUGGAAGAUUGUUCCACAAAUAAGGUGCAAGAAAACUAAAAGCUGAUUCACUUAACUCAGUAGAGACCAAAGGAAUUUCCAGAGUUAGCCAUCCCAGCUAAAAAGUAAAAGUAAAGCAUCUCCCUGGACCUCAACAUUAGCUUGUAAUCAUUAACUCUUCCUGCACAGUGUAAUUCUGCUCUUUGUACAGUUGUAAGGAGCUCUUGUCAAAUACAGUAUAAUUUGUCACCUAAUUUUAUUGAAACUGUUGAUUUUACUAACUAGAAUACUUAUAUCAUUACGCUGGAAUUAGUCACUAAGGACACCAAUCUAUGUGAUGAGCUCUACUUAUUUUAAAAGCUAAUUGUUUCAUGGGCUGUCAUCAUGAUUAAUUUGAUAAGUCCAUGAGUCACUCAUUCAUUAACUCUUAUUCUAUGAUCACAGGUUAGUGUAAUAAUGAUGAAGUCCACACAACGUGGGAAAGACUCAAACUCCCCUCAGCUCCUCUGUAAAGUGUUGUUCAAUAAAGAUGUGCUAUUGCGCCAUGUGUGCAGUGAAUAUGAAA